CAGGUGUACUGUGUGCGAGCAGACAUAAACAUUUUUUGUCACCUGCAACUCGGUCAAGUCAGCAGAACGAGACACCUUGCAUUUAGAACACUAAACAAAAGCAAUAAUUCGUGCUACGCAUCAGCAAAACAGAUCAUCCUGCAAACAUGAGUACAUUCCGUGGUGCCAUCAAGAGGCUUAACUGUGAUUUGAAGAUAUCCACAAUUUUCUUCGACCUUGAUAACACUCUGAUCGCAACCAGGAAAGCCGAUGCAAAGGCAUGCAGCAAGGUGGCCGAUCUGCUGCACCGUGAACAUGGGUUCAGCCGCGAGCUAGCGAACGAAACUGCCACCAACUAUCUAACCGCGUUUCGUCGCUGCCCGGAUAAUCCGGACGUGGCAUUGGCCCAGUGGCGCUCCCAGCUCUGGCAGGACGUGCUGCCAGGCACGCACAAACACUUGGCCUCGGAACUGUACGGACGGUGGCUGGAGUGGCGUUACCGCUAUCUGGCCCUGCCGGUUGAGGUGCAGACGAUGCUGCAAACGCUUCGACUUCAGUACCUGCUCGGGAUCAUCACCAACGGACCGACGGCGGCACAGUGGGAGAAGAUCGACCGGUUGGCGCUGAACAAGUACUUCGAUUGCAUAUUGGUAUCCUCUGAUUUACCGUGGGCCAAGCCCGAUCGCAAUAUCUUUUACGCAGCUUGCCACUAUCUAGGUGUCCCGCCCGGCCAGUGCGUGAUGAUCGGCGACAAGUUGGAGACCGACAUUCAGGGUGGUAUUGAGGCAAAUCUUGGUGCGACGGUUUGGCUUCCGCUGCCUACGGAGCAACGCAUUAUCGGAGACAGGACGAUGCAGGAUGUGCCGGAGCAUGUACGACCGGACGCGAUCGUGGACAGUGUGCUGAAACUACCCGCCAUGUUACCGCCCUCGACGUCGUUCCGCGGACGAAGACCUGCCGAAGCCGAAGUUGGAGACUGGGAGCAGAAAACUACCCGUAACCGGGCGGCGCAGUACAAUCGCAUUCUUCCGGAAAUUCCCGAUCUUUACAGCACGUACAGCAGCUCCAGCAACGACUGCAGUCAGCAUAGCAAUGGCAGCAACAGCAGCAACAACAGCAGCUGAAUUUGCCGAUUCUCCUAUCCAAACAAAUGAUGAGAGAGGAGCACAGCGUGCAGCAGCUAUGGCAUACAGAGUGCGAAGCAUGCAAAAUGCGACCAACGAUAUAUCGUUCCACAAGAGAUGCAUUCUGUAAGAUAUGUUUCCCACACACGAUGCCCCUUCAUUUUGUUUGCAGCUAACUCUCCCCACCACAACCAACUUUUGACCUGACCGCCAACACGAACGGUUUCACGCUGAGCGCGUCCCUAUCGCUUUUCUUAUUCCCUUUAUACUAUUUCAUGCAAAAAUCUUACACUCUUAAUCUAUAUCGUGCUUAGUUUCUUUCCUACUUUGUCUCUCCAUUUUAACGAUGAGAUUGAGCCACAUAACUGUUACCAUAUUCGCUCGAUUCAAAUGGUGGAAUAAUUAAAGAAAGAGCGUGGCCAUUCAUUUUUCAAUUCGUCACAAUUAGCGCGCAAAUAAUUUCUACAUUGUUGCCAAGUGCAGGAUGGUUGCGGCGUCUCCGCCAGUCUCUGCUAGCCAACACAUGUUGCUUCCAUGCUAUAAGUGUAUCGAUACAAUGUAUUUCGAAUAUUUCAUUUUCUCACUAGAACAUAGAAUAGAUGUAGAUUACGAUAGGGAAGUACCUGAUUUGAUAAUGCAAUGGAAAACGUAUCUCUCUCUAACGGUUUACAUCCGCGCAAAGGAUGAAUUUAACAUCUCCCUCCUCAUCAUCCUGGCUUAUCUAAUUGUGCAGAUGAAGUGUGCAGUACAGAACAAAAACACACAUAUUUUUCAAUACAUGUUCUUCUUGUAAUCUGCUGGGCGGAGAAAAUAAAGAAACAUUUCUGAACUAA